AUGGCUACCGACGGAUUCAGACGGCUACAGGUUUCUUCAGCUCCACCUCGAAAAAUUAAUGUCCAAAAAUUUGCGGAAUCACGAGCUCCGGAGCUUGAGACGCUCCAUACAAUUGUAUCUAAUAGAGUGAACAAUGAUUUCCGGUCACGGAGAAGCAAGAGAAGAAGAACCACCGCGUACGACAAUCAAGCCGCUAAAAAAAGAUGCAGAAAGAAGCGAAAACUUGGACUUGUUGAUCAGGGCAGCAAUGCUUUGCCUCCAGAGAAAGACGAAAAGAAUGUUCCUCGUCGCAUUCGUCGGAGAACUGAGCUUAAAAUGAACCUUGAAAACGGUUUCUGCACAUCAGGGGAUGGCACCAAGAGGCUUAGAACACAUAUUUGGCAUGCGAAGCGGUUCACAAUGACAAAGCUUUGGGGUUAUUACCUUCCCCUGGGUUUGCAGGGCAGAGGACGGGGGUCCAAAGCUGUCCUGAAGUGGUUCAAGGAUGGAAUGCUUGUGCAUGAUGCAAGCUAUCAUGUAGCUAUCCAAUUGGAGGGUCCGGAGGAUUCAUUACUAUCAGUGUUAGAAAUGGUGAUGGUGCCUUCUUCAUCAGCUCGUUCUGUUAUUUCUGGUAUCAUAUAUGACAGUGCUAUGCUUCAUCAUUUGGGAGCACCUUUUUCAACCCCAAUUGCUCCUGUGACCUAUAUGUGGCGGCCUUCUGGCCCACCAAGCGAUGGAUGUAAUGGACUAGAGGGUACAGAGAACUCUUCUACCUUUCGCCAGCUUUGGGUGUGGAUACAUGCUUCUGUUCUCACUGAAGCCUAUCAUACUCUGAAAUUAGCUUGCCAGAAAGAGAUGGAUAACAGGGAUAUCUUGAUUAAUUGUUUCUCACUUGAGGGUCAACUUGCGAAAUUAGAAGUAGUGGGAUUAAAAGCAUUUCAACUCCUUCAAAGGACAUUAUGCCCUACCACAAGGAUUAGAGAUGAUUCUUGGAAUUUGAUGAAACAUUCAGUUUCUGAGGCCAAAGAUGAUUCCCAAUCUAAGAUUAUACUUGAAAAAGAGGACAGCAUUCCUUCUCAUGCAAUCUUGUCUCUUAAUGUCAAGGAUCCUCGCACAUUAACAGAGAAGGAAAAGAUUGCAUAUGCUCCAGAAUCAGGCUCUACUAGUGUACUAGGUGAUGUUCUAGGAACUGAACGCAAAGAGCAUGUUGUCUUUGGAAGAUUUUCAGACGAGCCUGAAGGUAGUGGCAUGCUCGCAGAAAAAAGUUUGUGGGACGUUAGCAGUGGAGUAAGUCCUCCAGUGGAAGAGGAGGUUAUUUGCAAGGAAAAACAUGACCAGCAUAAGAAUUUCCUCUGCCUCGAUGAUUUGAGUUCAGGGGCACUAAAUACUUCAACCAAGUCUCCAUGCUCAAGAUCUUGCCCUAUUAUGCUAUGGUCUGUUAUCCUCCCCUUAAGCUGGGUCAGGGCAUUUUGGAUUUCUCUUGUCUCCAAGGGGGCUCAUGCAAUGGGUUUGAGAGAGAAGCACUUGAUUUCAAGUGAAGUGGGGUUGCCAUAUUUUCCUUCGGAUUUUCCUGAUUGCAAUGCAUAUUUAUGCCUCAAGGAAACUGAAGCUGUUGCCUCUAGUCUUAAAGAGGAACUUCGUCCUCCAGCUAAAAGGCCUUUGAGGGUUCCCAUUCUACCCCCAUGGAACACUAUCCGAGCUGCUUUAAACGAAGGAUCCACUACAGUUGGAGAAGAUGAAAUUUUUAGGCAGGAAAAUGGCGUCAGAAGCAAUUCAUCAUCUAACUCGGACUGUGGACUUUCUGAUCCUACAUUAACUGCCUGUCUAGGUAAUUCAUUUGAUGGUUCUGUAGCACGGACGUCUGUUUCGCUGACAAAAUUCUUGAAUGAAAUUCAAGGCUGUCAUUUACAUCUAUGUCCUCACGUGGCGGAUAAACAGACAAGUUUUACUAAGUUUAUGAGGGAUGAAAGCAAGCUUGGGCUGGGCCAAAAUGUGAUUAACAAAUUGAAGUACAAUCGCAAAUUAUGUUUUGUUAGGGUAUUACUGCAUGCUUACAAGGAAGGUUUUCUUGAAGAGGGAACAGUCGUUUGUGCACCUCAACUGACUGACAUAUCAAUGUGGAAGAGGUCAGAGUUUUUCGAUGGAGGACUUCAAAUGCCUCAAUCGGCUGUGACAUCGUACUUCAAAGAGCAAUCUUCUGGUAAGUGGGAACUCCAAAUACCAGAGGACACUGUUGGUAGAGAAUCUCAUCGUUGGCCAAUAGGCUUUGUCACCACUGGUUUCGUUCGAGGGAGCAAGAAGCCGGUAGCAGAAGCUUUUUGUGAGGCAGUUGUACUUAAUCGUCUUAGAGAGGAACAAUGGGAUUCGAAGCCAGCAAAGCGUAGACGAAAGGAAAUUUAUGUCCUUGUCAGGAAUUUGAGAUCUUCAGCAUAUAGACUUGCUCUUGCCACCAUUGUUCUGGAACAUCAAGACGAAGACGUGGAAUUCAUGUGA